AUGCCCUUCGGACUCAACUCAGCCAGUGAGGUCUUCCAGCGCUCCAUGGAACAGAUUUUUGCUGGAUAUCCCUGUGCAAUCAUAGUGGAUGACAUACUCAUUGGUGGUAAGAUUGUGGAAGAACAUGAUGCUAACUUGAGAAAAGUGCUUAACCGUGCCAGAGAGGUGAACUUGAGAUUCAAUCCUCUCAAGUGCAGGUUCUGGCUGAACCAGAGUGACUGGUCUAUAGAGCUACCUAUUAAUUUCAAAGAUGGACACCACUCUACUGAACAGAGGAUCCAUCAGGAGAGACCAGACUCCCCUGUACCCAGCUGUGUGUCCAUCAAGAGUGACCAGUCUAUGAAGAUACCUAUCACAUUCAAAGAUGGACACCACUCUACUGAACAGAGAGACCACCAGGAGAGGUCAGAGGUUCUCAGUGGUCAGUCUGUCCAGGAUCAUCAAACAGACCUGGACUCCAUAUUUAUGCUGCUUGAGGAGAACAUUGUCACUUUUGUGAAGAAGGAGCUGAAGAGGUUCCAGAAGGAUCUGAGUACAGAUUACCCAGAGUGCUUAGAGAGACAGAGGGAGGAGGAAGAGGAGCAGAGGAGGAGUCCCAGAGAGGAACUUCUGAAGAUCACACUGCACUUCCUGAGGAGUAUGAAGCAGGAGGAGCUGGCUGACUCUCUGGAGAGCAAAACCCCUGUUCCCUUGUGCCGGAGGAACCUCAAAGCAGCUUCGAAGGGGAAGUUUCAGUGUUUGUUUGAGGGUGUUGCUAAACCAAGAGAGUCAACACUUCUGAAUCAGGUCUACACAGAGCUCUACAUCACAGAGGGAGGGAGUGGAGAGGUCAAUAAUGAACAUGAGGUCAGACAGAUUGAAACAGCAUCCAGGAAAUGAGUGAGACCAGAAACACCGAUCAAAUGUGAAGACAUCUUUAAACCCUUACCUGGACAAGAUAAACCAAUCAGAACAUUGAUGACAAGGGGAGUGGCUGGCAUCGGGAAAACAGUCUUAACACAGAAGUUCACUCUGGACUGGGCUGAAGACAAAACCAACCACAAUAUACACUUCACAUUUCCAUUCACAUUCAGAGAGCUGAAUGUGCUGAAAGAAGAGUUCAGCUUGGUGGGACUUCUUCAUCACUUCUUUAUUGAAACCAAAGAAGUAGGAAUCUGCAGCUUUGACGAGUUCCAAGUUGUGUUCAUCUUUGAUGGUCUGGAUGAGUGUCGACUUCCUCUGGACUUCCAGAACAAUGAGAUCUGGACUGAUGUCACAAAGUCCACCUCAGUGGAUGUGCUGCUGACAAACCUCAUUAAGGGGAAACUGCUUCCCUCUGCUCGCCGCUGGAUAACCACACGGCCUGCAGCAGCCAACCAGAUCCCUCCUGAGUGGGUUGACAUGGUGACGGAGGUGAGAGGGUUCACUGAUCCACAGAAGGAGGAGUACUUCAAGAAGAGAUUCAGAGAUGAGGAGCAGACCAGGAGAAUCAUCUCACACAUCAAGACAUCACGAAGCCUCCACAUCAUGUGUCACAUCCCGGUCUUCUGUUGGAUCACUGCUACAGUUCUGGAUCACGUGUUGAGAACAGAUGAGAGAGGAGAGAUGCCCAAGACCCUGACUGAGAUGUACAUCCACUUCCUGGUGGUUCAGUCCAUCCAGGGGAAUGUGAAGUAUCAUGGGAGAUCUGAAACAGAGCCACACUGGAAUACAGACAACAGGAAGAUGAUUGAGUCUCUGGGAAAACUGGCCUUUAAACAGCUGGAGAAAGGCAACCUGAUCUUCUAUGAAGCAGACCUGACAGAGUGUGGCAUUGAUAUCAGAGCAGCCUCAGUAUAUUCAGGAGUGUUCACACAGAUCUUUAAAGAGGAGUGCGGGCUGUACCAGGACAAGGUAUUCUGCUUUGUCCAUCUGAGCAUUCAAGAGUUUCUGGCUGCUCUUUAUGUCUUUCUCUCAUUCAUCAACACUGGAGUCAAUCUGCUGUCAGCAACACAGUCAACCUCCUACUGGCUUAAACUAUUUAGAUAUAAACCUAUACAACCAGACCUCUACCAGACAGCAGUGGACAAGGCGUUAGAGAGUCCAAACGGACAUCUGGACUUGUUCCUGCGCUUCCUCCUGGGCCUCUCACUGGAACCCAAUCAGAAUCUCCUACGAGGCCUGCUGGGAAAGACAGGAAGUAAGUCACAGACCAAUCAGCAAACAGUCCUGUACAUCCAGAAGAAGAUCAGGGAGGAUCUCUCUCCAGAGAGAAGCAUCAAUCUGUUCCACUGUCUGAAUGAACUGAAUGACCAUUCUCUAGUGGAGGAGAUCCAACAGUACCUGACAUCAGGAAGACUCUCCACAGACCGACUCUCUCCUGCUCAGUGGUCAGCUCUGGUCUUCAUCUUACUGUCUUCAGAAGAGGAGCUGGAUGUGUUUGAACUGAAGAAAUACUCUGCUACAGAGGAGGGUCUUCUGAGGCUGCUGCCAGUGGUCAAAAGCCUCCAGUUGAGUUCCUGUAAUCUGUCAGACAGAAGCUGUGAAGUUAUGUCCUCAGUUCUCAGCUCCAACUCCUCUAGUGUGAGAGAGCUGGACCUGAGUAACAAUGAUCUGCAGGAUUCAGGAGUGAAGCUGCUCUCUGCUGGACUGGGGAGUCCACAAUGUAGACUGGAAGCUCUCAGGUUGAGUUCCUGUAAUCUGUCAGACAGAAGCUGUGAAGUUUUGUCCUCAGUUUUCAGCUCCAACUCCUCUAGUGUGAGAGAGCUGGACCUGAGUAACAAUGAUUUGCAGGAUUCAGGGGUGAAGCUGCUCUCUGCUAGACUGGGGAGUCCACCAUGUAGACUGGAAACUCUCAGGUUGAGUUCCUGUAAUCUGUCAGACAGAAGCUGUGAAGUUGUGUCCUCAGUUCUCAGCUCCAACUCCCCUAGUGUGAGAGAGCUGGACCUGAGUAACAAUGAUCUGCAGGAUUCAGGAGUGAAGCUGCUCCCUGCUGGACUGGGGAGUCCACAGUGUAGACUGGAAACUCUCAGGCUGUCGGGCUGUUUGGUCACAGAGGAAGGUUGUUCCUCUCUGCUCUCAGCUCUGAGCUCCAACCCCUCCCAUCUGAGAGAGCUGGACCUGAGCUACAACCAGCCAGGAGACUCAGGAGGGAAGCUGCUCUCUGCUGGACUGGAGGAUCCACACUGGAGACUGGACACUCUCAGGCUGGACCAUGCUGGAGUGUGCAGGUUGACACCAGGUGUGAGGAAGUAUGCCUUUGACCUCACACUGGACCCAAACACAGCACACAGAGACCUCCUUCUGUCUGAGGACAACAGAAAGGUGACAGGGGUGAUGAAGGAGCAGUCGUAUCCUGUUCAUCCAGACAGAAUUUACCCCGGGAGACAGGUUCUAUGCAGAGAGAGUCUGACUGACCGCUGUUACAUGGAGGUACAGUGGGAAGGAGAUGUUUAUAUAGGAGUGACUUACAGAGGAAUCGGAUGGAGAGGAGGAGGAGGAGGUGACUGUCUGCUUGGAUGGAAUGAGAAGUCCUGGAGUCUGUCCUGCUAUAGUGAUGGAUACAGUGCCUGGCAUAAUAAAAGAGGAACACAGAUAUGUAUCUCCUCCUCCUCUGACAGAGUAGGAGUGUAUCUGGACUGGUCUGCUGGAACUCUGUCCUUCUACAGAGUCUCCUCUGACACACUGACACACCUCCACACCUUCACCUCCACAUUCACUGAACCUCUCCAUGUUGGGUUUAGGUUAUGGUCACGUGGCUCCUCAGUGUGUUGCUUGUUGAUGGUGAUGGAGGCGGUGGUUCACUGCCAGGUGGUGUUGAGCUGUUUUCAUCACAUGUGA